CACAAACCUUAUCACCAGCAUGAGCCUAAUCUUCCAUUUCACUCCUCAAGCUCGCUAUCAUCCCCUCUAAACAUGAUAUGGGAAGUCAUUUUUAUCCCCCUCUUAUUCAUUCCAACUCUGGUGCUCAUGGCACUCUGUGACCUGCCGGCGCGGUUCCGGCGCAGCUCGCGGAAAGGCAAAGGCGAAGGCGAAGGGACAGCGCGGAGAAAGCAGCAGCAGCAGCGACGGCGGGUUUGAUUUCGAUGCGUUCUUCUAGGUCUUAUCGAAUUGUGGUUUUUUGGGGGGAGGGGAGGAUGGGUGGUGAACUUGCUCUGUACCUGGGUAGGUACGCAUGACAUCUGGUCUCUCUCUUCGUGGAGCAGCUGUUGAUGUCGAUGGGUUUCAGGACGGAGAGUUCGGAUUCGGGCGUCGAAGGGGUUUGAGGGGAUCGGUGGUGUAGGUUAUAUAGUAGCAGAU